ACUGUGCCCCUCUGCCUGUUCAGCUGAUCACGCUGUUGAUCAGUUUUCUUGUGGGCUCCUUGCGUUCUGUGUGUCGUUUUUGGCUUCCAUUCUCUCUCACAUUUGCAUCUCUUCCCUUAGUUGAUAUUUAAAAAUACCUACCUGUUGCUUAUAUCUCAUCAUUCCCACUUUAGGAGUUUCUUUUUCCAAGCACCCAAACCCGUCUUCAUUUCCUUCCAGAGUGGAAAAACAGACUAAAAGCCAAGAGUUACUGUCAACAGAGCCCAUUUCUAGUGAGGAAUUACCCAGUGGCAUGAACACAACAAGACCCACAAUGGGUGAUUCUUGGCGUUCCACCAUAGGAGAUGAUUGGGAAUCUGAGGCUGAAUCAGAAAAGCAGAAGAUACAUGAGAGAGGGCUGUAUAGGGUCAAUGGAAUAUGAGCAAGGGCAAGCAGUUACCCAGGACAGGGACUUGGAAUACCCUGAAGUGGGAAAAUGCAGUGUCAGCUCAGACUUUGUUCACAGAGAUUUCCUACAGAAAAACAUUUUCAUGAACUUGACUCAGGGAUUCAAAGCCUGCAACAUAACUUUGUUUUAAAAAACCAUCAGGAAAUCAUUGUAGAAAAGAAACCUUGUAAAGGCAAUGUAUGUGGAAAGGCCUUGGAAAUACUGUAUAAAUUUAAUCAUGGUGAAUAUACCAACCAGAGCAUACAUAUUUCUACACAUGAGUUAAUUGAUACAGGAGAGAAAUUCUAUGAAUAUAAAGUAAGUGAGACUUUUUUUCCCUGUAGCGCAUAUGUCUCUCCGGUCAUGAGAACUCAUAUUGGAGAGAAACCCUAUGAAUGUAAUGAAUGUGGCAAAGCCUUUAAGAAGAUUGCAUCUCUUUCUCACCAUCUGAGAAAUCACAAUAAAGAGAAAGCCUAUGAAUGUAAUAAUGAAUGUGGGAAAUCUUUCUGGCAGAGCCUUCACCUCAUUUUGCACCAGACAGCUCACACCGGUGAGAAACCUUAUAAAUGUAAUAAAUGUGGAAAAUCCUUUAGUCAGAAUUUUCACCUUAAUGUACAUCAGAGAACUCAUACUGAAGAGAAACCCUAUAAAUGUGAUGAAUGUGGAAAAUCCUGCAGUGGAAGAUCUAAUCUUAAUGUGCAUAAGAGAACACAUACUGGAGAAAAACCCUACAAAUGUAAUGAAUGUGGGAAAGCCUUUAGUGACCGCUCAUCAUAUAUGCAACAUGAAAGGACACACACUGGAGAGAAAACUUACAAAUGCAAUGAAUGUGGAAAAGCCUUCAGCCACAGCUCUCACCUUACAGUUCACAGGAGAAUCCAUACUGGUGAGAAACCCUAUAAAUGUGAUGAAUGUGGGAAAACUUACAGCUUUCACUUAUCCUUCACUCAGCAUAAAAGAACUCACACUGGAGAGAAACCAUAUAAAUGUCAUCAGUGUGGGAAAGCUUUCAAUCAAGGUUCUAUCUUUAUUGGGCAUCAAAGAACUCAUACCAAAGGAAAAAACCUACACAUUUCAUUUUCAUGUAUAAAAGCAUCAUAGAUACAUUUAGAUUUUGUCUUUUUGACCUAUUCCCAGAGAAGAGUCUGGGUGGUAUUUGAUUCCUAGGGAAGUUUCCAGUAUGUGAUGAUCAGUAAGGUCAAUUCCCUUUGAUAAUACUAUUCUGUCAAGCAGUGUGGGAAGAGCUGGUGAUGAGAAGUUAUAACAGGCGGAUGACAUUUGAUUAAACAACUGAAUGUACUAUUCCAAAGAGCUGGAGUGUCAUUAUUUAUUUAAUUGUUAUGCCAUUACUGGAAAAUUAGGCCUCUUCUAAUUUAUUUCAGGAAGUCACUAUAAACCCUAAUUAUGAACAAUGUGUGAAAACAUGAAAAAUGCAUAUAAUGUGCAGUGAAAUGUACAGAACCUGUUCAACGGUUACCAUAUGUGUGCAUUUGGACAAGGGCUAGAAGGAAACACAGAAAUGAACGCAGCUAAGAGUCUUAGAUAUAUCGUGACUUUCUUUUUUUAUCAUUUCUUUUAAAAUUACUAAAUUUUACAAUAAAUAAAAAACAGAAAAGAAAGAAGUUGAUCAAACGUCUGAACUGUCAGGGGGAAGUGUGUUGGAGGUGCUUUGAGGUAGCAAAGGAACAAUAAUAACAAAUAGAAAUAAAUUUAGCAGUCAACACUGUUAUAAGUUAUUCCUAAUAAAAGUAGAAGGAAAUC